ACAUGUCGGAGUACAACGCGGUGCCGCCGCCCGGGCCCGGGGCCUCUCUCGGCGGACAGGCGGCUCUCGGGAACGGAGCAGGAGGCAUCAAAAAAGAUGCGUUCGCGGACGCGGUGCAGCGGGCCCGGCAGAUUGCAGCCAAGAUUGGGGGUGACGCUGGACCUCCCCUGAACAACAACACAGCGUCAGAUGGGUUUCCAUUCACUGCACAGAAACGACAACUGGAGGAUGCAGAUGAACCUGAGAGCAAGAAGCUGGCUGCACAGAGUGACUUGGAUUCAGCCAAAGCACUGUCUAUUGGUGCACAGCUAGCUGCUCUUGCACAACAAAGGCCCGCCUCCACCACAGAGGAGUACAGUGUACCAGACAGCAUGGUGGGACUCAUUAUUGGCCGUGGAGGUGAACAGAUCAACAAGAUUCAACAGGAGUCAGGUUGCAAGGUUCAGAUAGCUCCAGACAGCGGAGGCCUUCCAGAGAGGAGCGUCUCUCUCACAGGGUCCCUUGACUCUAUACACUCUUCCCCGGCUAGGAAAGCCAAGAUGCUGUUGGAUGAGAUAGUGUCACGAGGGAGGGGCACCCCCCCUUCUUCUUAUCACGAGUCCACCAACGGGCAGAACGGCACGGUGCAUGAGAUGAUGAUCCCAGCUGGCAAGGCAGGCCUUGUUAUUGGCAAGGGAGGAGAGACCAUCAAACAGCUACAGGAGCGUGCAGGGGUGAAGAUGAUCCUGAUCCAGGAUGCCUCUCAGGGACCCAACGUCGACAAGCCCCUGCGCAUUAUCGGAGAUCCCUACAAAGUGCAGCAAGCCCAGGAGAUGGUGCAGGAGAUUCUGAGGGAGAGAGACCAUGGCGGCUUUAGUGAAAGAAAUGACUUUGGCUCCCGCAUGGGGGGAGGCAUGGAUAUCCCAGUACCACGACACUCAGUCGGAGUGGUCAUUGGUCGCAAUGGAGAGAUGAUCAAGAAAAUCCAGAAUGAUGCCGGAGUUAGGAUACAGUUCAAACAAGAUGACGGGACUGGUCCAGAUAAGAUUGCCCACAUCAGCGGUCCUCCUGACCGCUGCGAGCACGCUGCCCAGAUCAUCAAUGACUUGCUGCAGAGCAUCAGGGUCAGGGAGGAAGGACAGGGGGGUCCUCCAGGUCCUCCGGGCAUGCCUGCAGGCAACAGGGGCAGAGGUGGGGGACAAGGUGGUUGGGGGCCCCCUGGAGGGGAAAUGACCUUCUCUAUUCCUGCCCACAAGUGCGGGCUUGUGAUUGGCCGGGGAGGAGAGAACGUCAAGUCCAUCAACCAGCAGACGGGGGCCUUCGUGGAAAUCUCUCGACAGCCGCCCCCCAACGGAGACCCUAACUUCAAGCUGUUUAUCAUUCGGGGCUCGCCGCAGCAGAUCGACCACGCCAAGCAGCUCAUUGAAGAGAAGAUUGAGGGUCCUCUGUGUCCUGUGGGCCCGGGGCCAGGUGGACCAGGUCCUGCUGGUCCGAUGGGCCCCUACAACCCAAACCCAUACAAUCCCGGACCGCCUGGGGCGCCUGGACCACCACAUGGUGGUCCUCCAGGUCCUCACCAGUACACUCCUCAGGGCUGGAGCAACACCUACCAGCAGUGGCAGCCCCAGGCCCCCCACGACCCCAGCAAGGCAGCAGCCAAUGACCCCAACGCAGCCUGGGCGGCCUACUACGCUCAGUACUACCAGCAGCCGUCGGGGGCUGUGCCAGCCCAGUACCCGGCUAACCCAGCUGGAGGUGCCCAAACUUCAGGGGACCAGACGCAGCCCGCACAGACGCCUGGGGGCCAACCAGACUACACCAAGGCCUGGGAGGAGUACUACAAGAAGAUGGCCCAGGCAGGAGGCUCCGUCCCUGGGACAGCAGCUGCAGCCCCAGGAGCAGCAGGAGGAGCAGCAUCCACAACGGGGGGCCAGCCGGACUACAGCGCAGCCUGGGCCGAGUACUACAGGCAGCAGGCUGCGUACUAUGGACAGACGGGACAGGCCCCUGGCCAGCCAGCCGCUCCCCAACAAGGACAGGUUGGUACAGACGACACAGGGAGACGCAGUGAGAGUUGACGGCAGAAGGUCUACGAUGCCGGAGAGAAUCGGGUAGACGGGAUGAAGAAAACGACCCCGAAUUUGAGGCCAGAAUUUAGCUUGUUAAGAUUUUGUUGUUUUUUUUAAUCUUAUUUGUUGUGAGAGGAAACAAAAAAAAAAACGCUUCCUCACCUCCAAACACACCACCUGGACACUUUUUAAUAAAAAUGUGAACUGAACAAACAUUCUAGUGCUUUGCUGCUGAAGGGAAGGGGAAGACUGAUAACCCUGCCAUGACAGGUACGCAGCUUCUCAAAGCCUCUACAUACAUUUAUAUAUGCCGCUAUGAACAUCGAAGCCUCGAAGCGCUUGGUUCAUUGCGGAGAAGACUGAGUUGCCAAUAAAUCUAUCUCAUCUUCCUUUUUCUUAACUCCUUCGUAAGACUUCUAAGUUCCAUUUUUAAGGCACUUCGCUUCAUACUCCUGUGUUCUAGUGACUGAAUUGCACAGAGCUAUUAAGACUAUAAUCAUAUUGUUAUCUGCUACAGGUAAUACGUCAGAGAAAUCUUUUUUUAAAGCUCUUUUGAUUGUUUUUUUUCAAUUAAGUUGUCACAUUUCCCUCUGCCGAGGAUUGCAUGGUGUUUCAACUUGCGUACAUUUGGCUUUUCUUUUGCUUACGAAUGUGUUCACUUACAGUAUUUUGUACGAGUCAGUCGUUUUUACAGUGUACAAAAGGAGCUCUACAGCGUUGACUCGUGCAUGUGGGAUGACUAAUAACUGUUGAAAGCCGCUAGAGGUGGAUGAUAAAACACUUGGAAGUGAGGCACCUGUGUGUAAUGACGUGAAAAGUGUUCUGCAAGAUAGAAAACAAUUUGAGUUGUUUUGAGAGAUGAAGGCGAAGAUCUGGUCUUGCACCCAGAUAUUCACGUAAGGGUUCAAAAGUUUAUGUUAAAAUGGUUUAAUUGGAGAGACUAUGACCGGUAUUAGACUUAAUCCUGGAGUCCUAGAAGGUUGAAGGUUUUUUUUUUUUUUGCUCAUUGGUUGCAGGGUUUAUGCGCCUUACACCAGGUUAUGCAUCUUUGUUUUGGCCUUGAUUCUAGCGGCUUCCUAUUAACAGCCCUGCCAUAAAUACCCAUCAGUGUGAGGAGUACUACACAGAGCAGUAUGUCUGGUUUAUGCUGUAUUUGUCACACACCCAUCUGCUGUUCAAGCACCUCUUUUGCCUCUCCAAAUGUCCAUUCACUUUUUGUUUUUGGGCACGCCGGCUUACUGUGGACCGAAGGCCCAAAUUGAAAAGAAACAUAAACCGGUUUGAACAAUCCUAGUUAUCUCGUAUUAGCUCGUAAUAUUCAAAAGUGAUGAUCAGGCCUUUUUAAAGCAAACACAUACUGCUAGUGGGCAUUCACCUCGAGGGAACUGCAUAUCAAUCCUCGUCACUUUGAAGUGUAGUGACUUCUCAUGUAGAGGUUCUGUCCCCCUAUAGUUGGUACAGCUGCAGGUUCCUCUACAAUGGGAAGGUGUCACAUAAGCACACCUUUAAAGUAUACGUUUGAGCCAUGCUGUGAUUCUGUCUCAUCUCAAGGUUGCAUGUGAUUGCUUUUUACUUUAUAUACCUUGGUUUUUAAGGCUGGCGACAAGAACCUGUUGAUCUUUUGCCUUCCCCACAGCCAUUGUUUGUGUGCAACAUGAUUAAAUUUAGUCUUCCAAUGUGUCCCACUUCAAGCUAUAUUGUAUAUGUACAUAUAUUCAGCAAUAUAACGAUGUUGGUUUUGACUUACAGAGAUGUAUCAGGUAUGAUUCUUGUAUUCUGAAUGGCAGCUGUGAGCCUGCUUUUGGCAGCAGUGUUGAUAUUGUUAAUAGAUGACCACCAGCAGCAAUACUCUGAAUUAAAAAAAGGUGCAAACGUCAA